UAGGAAAAAUACUAAGCUCAGAGGGACAAGAUUUAGGACAGUCAGUAUUUUCAAAUAGAAAAUCAAGUAAAAAGAGGAUGAAAAGGAAACUGAACAGAAUGAAGUAUACUUGUGAUAUUUGUUCAAGAAAGUUCCUACAUUUGGAUCAAUAUGAAUUACAUAGAAAAGAUCAUAAGGUAAUGUAUGCAUGCCAAGAAGAAAAUUGCCAAGUGAGAAGUGAAAAUAAAGAUAUUAUUUUGAAUCAUCAAAAAGAAACUAACCAUCAUGGUAUUGCUUUAUCUCAGGAAGACAGUUGUAAUGGCGAUGUAAUAUUAGAUGAAAAAAACAAAUUAAACAAUAUUGAAGAGACUUCUAACUUAUUAACCACAGAAGAAGAACAGAAAAAUACAACUGAUGAGAACAAAUUUAAAUGUCCUAAAUGUGAUAAGAAUUUUUCCUGCAAGCAAAGUUAUGAGGUUCAUAUAAAGGCAAUUCAUGAUGGUGAAAAGCCAUUUAAAUGUGAUAUUUGUGAAAGGACUUUUGCAUAUGCUUAUAGUUUAAAAUAUCAUAUGAUUUCCCAUAAAAACAAAGAUAAUCUGGAUCAGAUUUCUUGUGACCAAUGUGAUAAAGUUUUCAAUCAUGUCAGCAGUGUCGUUUACCAUAAAGAUACAGAGCACGGCAACCGAAGAUUUAUUUGUAAUACAUGUAAUAAGACGUUUAAGCAUAGACAGUUGCUCCAAAGGCAUCAGCUGGUACAUACAGAUGAAAGACCGCAUAAAUGUAGUGCUUGCCCUCAAGCUUUUAAAACGAAAAGUAAUCUGAUAAACCACGAAAUUAUUCAUUCACGGCACAAAAGAUUUAUCUGUCCAAUAUGUGGGCAGGGCUUUGGACAUAAGACGUCGCUGACUAUUCAUCUAAGAUGGCAUGAAGGUACAAAACCUUACGAGUGUGAUAUCUGCCAUAAAACAUUUUCGCAAAAGGGAAACUUACUAGAGCACAAAAGAAUUCACACCGGUGAAAAACCGUUUUGUUGUGAUUUGUGCGGCAAGAGUUUUACAACCUCAUCCCAGUGGAAAUUACAUCGCAAAAGACAUACAGGUUUGUAUUAACUUUUUUUAUUAUAG